AUGAGGGCUGAGGUGCUGGUCGUCUGGGCAGCUGUGACCCUGUGCUGCGCUCUGGUGUGUGCUCGAGAAGAUGUAAAGGAAAUCAAAGUCUCCAGGGACCAGAUUCAGGUGCGAGAAACCCGAGGACUGGUCAUGCCCAUGAGACAGGGGGAAGAAGGAGGUGUUGAAAUGUCAGAUGAUCCUGCUGAGGUGGUGGAAGAGGAGACCAAAAAACCAAAGAAAAAGAAAACACCUGAGGAAAUUGAGGCAGCCAAGGCAAAGAAAGCAGCAGAGAGGGAAGCCAAGGCAAAGAGGCAGAAAGCUCCUAAACCAACCAAAAAGCCAAAAGCACCAAAACCCACCAAAAAACCCAAAGCACCAAAACCCACAAAGAAGCCAAAGGCCCCCAAAGGCACCAAGAAGCUAAAGAUGAGGACCACGGUGCAGCCGGACACCGGGCCACCCUCUGUGGACGAGGAGGAGGAGGAGAGGCUGCUGAUUGGACUGGGCUGGGGAACAGUGAAACGACCUGCUGUGACCCCAACGACGCCUGCAGAGGAAGAGCCAGAGGAGCCGGGCCUGUAUGUGCGGCCUGUUGGAUAUCCUGAUUACAAAAAAGCCACAACUACUGAGGUCAUCAUGUUUAUACCAGAGGAAACCACCAGUGUCCCAUUUGCCGUCCCCUGGUAUGAAGAGUAUGAUUACGCUGACUUGGCUGCUAAGAGACAAGAAGAAGAGGAGGAUAAGGCUCGCAAAGAAAAGGCAGAAAAAGCUGAGCGGCUGAGGAAGAAGUGGGAGGAGGAAGAGGAGGAGCGACUGAAGCAGAUUUCAGAGCCUGUGGAACCAAAAAAGUGUCCUCCUCUUGGCCUGGAGUCUCACCGGGUGGAGGACGACCAGCUGCUGGCGUCCUCUCAGUCUCACUACGGCUUCACGGCUCAGAGGGGACGACUCAACAUGCAGGGCUCUGAUAAUGAGGACGAUCUGUUCGGAGGUGCGUGGUGCGCGGAGCCGGAGGAGAAGGCCCACUGGUUUGAAGUGGAUGCCCGCCGAGAGGUGGAGUUCACCGGGGUCAUCACUCAGGGAAGAAACUCAGACCAACUGGAGGAUUUCGUGUCCUCCUACUUUGUGUCCUUCAGUAACGACAGCCGUGACUGGACUAUACUUCAUGAUGGCUACGCUGAAUGGUUGUUCUAUGGGAAUGUGGAUAAGAACACGCCAGUGCUGAGUCAGUUUUCUACGCCCGUGGUGGCGCGGUACAUCCGCAUCCUGCCGCAGAGCUGGAACGGCAGCUUGUGUCUCAGAGCGGAGGUCCUGGCCUGCCAACUACCCAGCAGCUACCGCAGUGAGAAUGAAGUGAACUCCUCAGACGAACUGGACUUCAGACACCACAACUACAAGGACAUGAGACAGAUGAUGAAGGUGAUCAACGAAGAGUGUCCUAACAUCACCAGGAUCUACAACAUUGGUAAAAGCUCUCAGGGCCUGAAGAUGUACGCCAUGGAGAUCUCUGACAACCCAGGAGAGCACGAGACAGGUGAGCCUGAAUUUCGGUACACAGCUGGUCUCCAUGGUAACGAGGCGCUGGGUCGUGAGCUUCUUCUCCUGCUGAUGCAGUUCCUGUGCAAGGAGUACAAUGAUGACAACCCCAGAGUGCGCCGCCUGGUGGACGGAGUGAGAAUACACCUGGUGCCUUCACUCAACCCUGAUGCUUACGAACUGGCCUACGAGAUGGGCUCAGAGAUGGGGAAUUGGGCGUUGGGCCACUGGACCGAAGAAGGUUACGACAUCUUCAAGAAUUUCCCAGACCUCAACAGCAUUCUCUGGGGAGCUGAGGACAGAGGCUGGGUACCUCGUAUCGUGCCGAAUCAUUACAUUCCCCACACAGAAAACGUCCUCAAUGGCUCUUUUGCUACUGAAACAAAAUCCAUCAUUACCUGGAUGCAGCGUACCCCAUUUGUGCUGGGAGCAAAUUUGCAAGGAGGAGAAAAAAUGGUCGCCUACCCGUUUGACAUGCAGCGUCAACCAAUUUCUCCUACGGAUAGCCGACGGAGUGAUAACUCUAACAUGAACGAAGAGACGUGGGCUCGCAUUCAGCGGCAGAACGAGGGAUCUCUGAGAGAGACGCCAGAUGACGCCAUGUUCAGAUGGUUGGCUAUGUCAUACGCCCACAGCCAUAUGACCAUGACGGAGACAUACCGAGGCUCAUGCCAUGGCGAUGAUGUCACUGGGGGUCAAGGCAUCACCAACAGAGCCAACUGGGAUCCAGUGGUGGGCAGUAUGAAUGACUUCAGCUACCUGCACACCAACUGCUUCGAGCUGUCCAUCUUCCUGGGCUGUGACAAGUUUCCCCAUGAGAGUGAACUGCCUCUGGAGUGGGAGAACAAUCGCGAGGCUCUGUUGUCCUUCAUCGAACAAGUAAAUCGAGGAAUAAAGGGUGUAGUGAGAGACGUGGAGGGAGGUCCGCUGCCUAAUGCCACUAUAUCUGUGGAGGGAAUACACCAUGAUGUCAGAACUGCUUUAGGUGGUGAUUACUGGCGUCUGUUGAAUCCUGGAGAGUACAGAGUGACGGCCAGAGCUGACGGCUACACCCCUCAGACCAGAAUAUGCAUGGUGGGCUACGACGUUGGAGCCACUUCAUGCAGCUUCACCUUAGCCAAAUCAAACUGGGACCGCAUCAAACAAAUCAUGAAGCUCCACGGCAAGAGGCCCAUCCGACUUGUCCCCAAAGUAACUGUGGUGAGAACGACUACAGCGCCAAGCCCUGUGGCCACCACCGUUGACGAUCACGCCAGACUCCAGAAGGCAGAGCGACUCAGGCGGCUCAAGAUCUUGCGUUUACGCCGUCUGCGUCUGCAGAGGUUACGAGGCGGUCUCAAUACCAUACCUACUCCAUCAACGACGACGACGACGACGACCACAACUACAGCCCCCACAACAGAACCUAAGACCGAGAGAACCACUUCCUGGUAUGACUCCUGGUUUCCGGACAGUUGGAUGACAGAGAAUCCAUUCGAUAGCGUUAACUUUGACUCGGCGCCCACACAGGACUAUCCUUUCGAAUACACUAUUGAUUGAUUUCUACAUUCAGUGACACAACAUCCAUGUAAAACCUUACUAACCACUUCUGAUUGCUGCAUCCUCACAGCUUUAAAAACACAGAACACACAAGUAAUUCAGCGCUCAAAAUACUGGAUUCGGGGAACAUUGUGAGCGGAGACUUUAAGGGAAUGUCCGUAAUACACAUUUUUUUUGGGAAAUUUCCAUACAGAGAAUUGAUCUGGAAUAAAAGAUUGUGCUAAGCAUUCACUAUACAGCUCAAGAUAUUAGGCUUUAAUAAAACAAUAAACAUGUCACAACACAAACAGGAAAUAAUUAGGUACCUCUCCAUUUUAAAUGUCUGUAUAUCUGUAUGUUUCUUAUGCUUUACAGUAUGAUGGCUUCAGUUCAACUUAUUAAAUGUACUUCUGAAUGCAUUGGAUUAAAAAAAAUUUUUUUGUGUAAGA